GAGAGAGAUCGUCGAGGGAAGGGAGGAGGAGAGUGUGCGUCAGUGUGUGCGCGGAUGGCGAUGGAGGAGGUUCGCUUAGCUUUAGCGACAAAUGUACAGUGUAGUUACGGUGUGACCAAAGUAAACACCACCACACCUCAAAGAUAACGCAGAGCUCCUGUGUCUGUGUUUUCCACUGCUGUGAAAAGUGAAGCGGGUUAACCACGAAAGCCUGGUGAAGCACUUCGGUUCCAGGACACUUCUGACGGGAAGAAACGAAGCCGGGCUGCUGCCGCCGGUCGGUAAGCAGGUGCGUGUGUGUGUGUGGGGACUUACAGUAUAUGUCCCAGUGAACAACAGUGGAACACAGCAGCAGGUUUUGUGAUCCAGAAAGCCCUCUCAGUACUGACAACAUGCAUGUGCUGACUUUAAUCUUCAUCUUUUGGGUGCUGUUUGCUCUCUGCACAGCAAAUCAAGGUGGAAGUAGAUCUGUGCAGCUGUUUUUCUGCGAGAUUCCAGGAUGUGCCGACAAUGUGAAGCAUGUAUUUUGCAACGAUGAGGAUUUCUUCAGUGGUCACAUUCCAGACUGCACAGGCCUUCCACCACCAAAUACUGUAUGCCAGCACGAUGGCCGGGCAUUUGUUUCCAUAGAUUCUCCUGGAAAUUGUGAUUUCGAAGGGAUUAAAGGCUAUAUUGAGACCAAAAAAUGUACAGACAACAGCAGCAUUUGUGCUUUUAUCAAUGGAACUGCAUCAUCACCCAUCCACAAAAGGGAUCGUGCAAUAUCUGGAUACAUUAUUGGUGUUUCUUUUGCGCAUCAGAGCUGAAAUGUUUGUCUGUCAAAUACUAACAAUCAGGUGGUUUACUAUUUAUAGUAUGCAUAUUUCUGUGUUGCUGGACAAAGAAGAAAGACAGAGAGUCAGAGAGAGAUUCCCCUCAUGGUGGCUGAUUGAAAGAUAGCAGCUCUCCUUCUGGACGUGUCCAUGGGCCAUAAACUCCUGCUGCCUUAUCAACAUUUGCUGCUAAUCAGCUAAAGAGUGGAAAUAACCGAGCAACAAUCAUAGACCAUGUUCUUGUCCAUGGACUGACAACGUGUACUGUAAUUGUAAUUGAGAGAAAAAAACAAACUGUUAAUAUAUCUUUCUUGUUGCUGAACAAACUGAAAUGUCCUGCAGAGGACAGUAUCGAGUAAUUUUUGCACUGAAUGGCAUGGCUGUAUGUAAAGAGGCAGGGCAGGGACAGAGAGACAGGGCUUCUUACUGCUCUCAGUGGAGUGACUCCUCAGUUGUACACAGUCGCCCUGUGUUGGAAAUACACUGCGUAUAUUUUUCUCAACCGAAUUUGUGAAUCUGUUUGGUGAUCGACUGCUUGGGCAAAGGGCUUUUCUGUGAGGACUGCAGCAGCCACUGCGAGGAAAAGAUUUCAGAAGAAGACGAUUGCUUGGUAAGAGGGUCCCCUGACAGAUCCAAACCUCCUGAUGUUUGCUCAAGCUGACAAUCAAGAGAUGUUGCCCUGAUUGCCGUUUGUCAGGCACAGCUUUUCAUUAAGCAGGAUGUCAACCACAACAGAAAAUGGGAUGGGAGGGCCUCGGAGCACAGGCAGAGAGAAAACAUACAAAAAGACUACGUCAUCGGCCUUGAAAGGGGCCAUUCAGCUUGGGAUUGGCUAUACAGUGGGCAACCUCACCUCUAAGCCUGACAGAGAUGUGCUUAUGCAAGACUUCUAUGUGGUGGAGAGUGUGUUUCUGCCGAGUGAGGGAAGCAACUUGACUCCAGCACAUCACUAUCCCGACUUCCGCUUCAAGACCUACGCCCCACUGGCCUUCCGCUACUUCAGGGAUCUGUUCGGUAUCAAACCAGACGACUACCUGUACUCUCUGGUAAACGAGCCUCUGAUUGAACUGACCAACCCGGGGGCCAGCGGCUCUCUCUUCUACCUAACCAGUGAUGAUGAGUUCAUCAUUAAAACCGUCCAGCACAAAGAGGCCAAGUUUCUCCAGAGAUUGCUACCAGGGUACUAUAUGAACCUGAACCAGAAUCCACGCACGCUGCUUCCCAAGUUCUACGGACUGUACUGCAUCCAGUCUGGAGGCAUCAACAUCCGACUGGUGGUGAUGAACAACGUGCUGCCACGCUCCGUCAAAAUGCAUUACAAGUACGACCUGAAGGGAUCCACCUACAAGAGACGAGCGUCCAGGAAAGAGAGAGAGAAGUCUUGUCCCACCUAUAAAGAUCUGGACUUCCAGGACAUGCAUGAAGAAGGCCUUUACUUUGACACAGAGACUUACAACAACCUAAUGAAAACCCUGCAGAGAGACUGUCGGGUGCUGGAGAGUUUUAAGAUCAUGGACUACAGCUUGCUGCUGGGUGUGCACAUCCUGGACCAGAGCCAGAGAGAGGGGGGUGAGCCAGGCCAGGCAGGGGGAGACGGAAGGAGACCUGUGGGUCAGAGGGUGCUUUACUCGACUGCCAUGGAAUCCAUCCAGGGAGACGGCAAGGCUGCCGAAGCCCUCACCACAGAUGACACGAUGGGUGGCAUCCCUGCCAAAACACACAAAGAAGAAAAGCUGCUCAUCUUCCUGGGUAUCAUAGAUAUUCUGCAGUCAUACAGAUUCAUUAAAAAGUUGGAACAUUCAUGGAAAGCCCUGGUGUAUGACGGCGACUCCGUCUCGGUGCACCGGCCCGGAUUUUACGCCAGUCGCUUCCUCAAGUUCAUGAGCACACGGGUGUUUAGGAAGACUCAGUCAAUUCGAUUCUCCCCUUCAAAGAGGACUCGUACUUCCAUUCCGGCUCUGAAGUCGUCCUCACAGGAGAUCCUUUCAUCGCAGGCAGAUGAGAGGAACGAAGAGGGCAGGAGGGACAGGCUGGGAGGAGCUUGCAGUCUGGCCAGUCUUGAUGGACAAGCUGUGUUUGGUUCAUACCUGCGUCCUGAUCUGGUCCCUGCCAACCCGUCCUUCUAUGAGGGAUCCUCCAUGGGAACCAUUUCCACUUCCUCCAUCUUUGUCAACGUGGACAACCAAACAGAGGACAGAGAUGAUGUUGCAUCCAGCUCCACAUUUACCCUGGAGGACAGUGCUAUCUGCCUGACUUCAGAGCAGAGCACUAUGGAUGUGGACAUAGACCGUGAUGACGGAUCUGUUCUUGAUGUCUACUUGUGAAAAGAGCAGCUUUAAAACCUUCAUUUCCUCCUGCCAAUCAUAAGACAAUCUCCGCACUCCAUUGGACGGGCCAGGCUGGCCUUUUGACUCCACUUCCAGUGCUGCUAGAUCCAUGUUGCCACUUGUCAACACAUAAAAAGACUGAGAUUCUACACCGGUUGAUGGACUAAAAGAAGGCACCAACACAGUCACGAUGAUGGACAUCUGCAGGAACCAUGUGACAUAACAUGUAAUGUGAUGAACAUCUGGCUGAACUGAGUGUUGCUUUUUAGAGCAUGUAUCAACGCAGUGCCAUUAAGUUUUAUAUAUGUAUACUGUUUUCAUGGCCCACACAAAGAUCUAAACAUUUACUAGAAGGUAGAUAGAUUUCUUUAAAUGUUUUUUUUCAGCUUACCAGAAAGCAAUGAAAGAGACUUUCCAAGUUUGCAACUGCAUUAGUUGCCUGAUCAGAAGAGAAAUGUUUACAGUGAAUUUAUGACGGCAUCUUGGUCCCUGAUGAACGCGGGAUUUGACGGUGUCACACAAAGUACACAAGCCAACUUGUAGCCACAGACAACACGGAUGAGAAAAAGACUUGCAUAAACAGACUUGAUGGAUUCUGAAGCUCCCGAGGCCAAACCCAGACUGUGACAUGGUUAAAGUGGCCACCUCAUCUUAACCGGGACUGUUAUUUGUGCUGCCCUGAUAGGAACCUGAAGCCCUGGCGAAGGGCUGUUGCAAAGUGAGAAAAGACAGUUACUGGAUCUUGGAAGAAGUGCAGAGCGGUGGGACAAUGCACUCGCUCUUGAUGAAAUAGGCACUUUUGACAUUGGUUAUGAUUACUGUUAAGAAAUAUUUUUCUCUGAAGAAGUUGCUUAGGUGGGUGGGCUACCUGACAUAAGCACAGAUUUGGAUAUGUGAAUAUGCACUUUUUCUUUUUACUCUACUGCAAAUGCACACCUCUGUAAGUCAUUGAUACUACAUGUACAGAGACAGUGAAGGAAAAUUGUAGAUCAUUUUUGAUGUGGAGCUACUAGUUUUGUGAGGUUUGUGUCACGACUGAAAAGCUUUUACUCAGGAUAUCCUUUGAUACUGAAUAAGUGUGUCCUCUCCAAAAGUUAUGAGACAUGCAUCCUACACUUAGAAGCUGUCCGAUACCUCUUCAUCAAGAGCAUAUCCAACUAUAAAUGUUGAUUUCCACGAUCACACGUUGGUUGAGACCAUAAUUUAUUAUGUAAAUCUCGAUAUUUUACCAUUUGCUGAAAAAUUACUUUAAUCGCUGAAUGUAAAGACAAUGGAUAUUUAUAUAUAGAAGAGACUCCUAUAAAUAAACUGCUUAAAUGCAA